UGUUGCGAGUAAGUUGCGUCUUUCUUUUUCCAGAAGAGAUUGCAAAAACACUUACUGCAAAGAGCAACAAAGAGAAAGAAAAGGAGAGAAAGAGAAAGAAAGAGACAACAGGCGACAGAGCGACAACACAGCCCGAAAGAAAUAACGCAGAUAGAUAGAGUGAGUGAGUGCAAGUGUAUGUGAGACGGGGGAGGAGGGGGGGGGGGAGAGAGAGAGGAAAUUCAGCAAGCUUUCAAUACCGCAGAAGGGAAAAUGAUGUCUGAGAGCUUUCCAUCCUUUCAUACCCUGUAACUCUAAGAGCACUUGCCGGGUGAGUUGAGGAGAGAAGGACGAAGACGAGGACCACGACGAUGAUGAACGAGAAGAAGUUUUUAACAUGGGAAUAGCAACACCCCCAGUCCUGCCGCCAAUUCUCUCACUCUCCACCAAGCCCCAGCAUUCCUUUUCUUCCAUAUUAGACUCCAAUUCUAUGUCCCAAGAUUAUCACCAGGGAAUCUUCACGUUCUCGAAUGGGUACGAGAGAUCCACUCUAACCCAGCACCAGCAACAACAGCAGCAGCACCAGCAGCAACAGUUAGCGCAGCAGAUCCGGAGAGACAAGGUGAGGGUACAAGGUGGGUUGGACCCGCCGCCGCCUCUUGUGGGCAUAGAGGAAGAAGAAUCUGUAAACCUUCCCGUGUAUGAAACCGGAGGAAUGUUAUCCGAGAUGUUCAAUUUCCCUCCUCCCGGCGCUAGCGCCACUGAAUUGUUGGAACAACAGCACCAACCGGCGACGGCCAUGUAUCGGACCUCCAGGUCGCAACCUCUGGCCACCGAUUGGUACAGACAAGGGAUGUUAAGCGGGUUGGGAGAUUCAAAGAAUCAGAAUAGCCGUGACAAUAGUGGUAUGCUAGAGCAUCAUCAUCCUCAUCCUCAGAUUUCAAGCAUGAAUGCGCACUCAGCUGCCGCCAUGCAGCUUUUUCUGAUGAACCCGCAAACGAGAUCGCCUUCUCCUACUCAGAACCACACUCCUAAUUCGUCUUCUCUCCAAGGCUUCAGUGCUCAGGGAGGGAGUUUCGGUCAAUUCACAUGGGCUCCUCAUAGUUCCCAGCAAGGAGCAGCGGCCGCGACUGCUAAUCCGCCUCAAAUUGGAGGGGUUAUGGAAGCUCAAGGUCUUUCCUUAUCCUUAUCAUCAUCGUUGCAACACUUGGAAGCCGCGAAAGCUGAGGAACUGAGGAUGGGAGACAGCGGGUUUCUGUAUUACAACCAAGGAGGAUCCGGAGGGUCUUCGUCGGCUCAGUAUCCGUAUAAGACAUUGCAUUUCCAAGGGCCCGUCGGAGUCGCUCAGAACCACCAGGGACAUGUGGGGUUCGGGUCAUCAUUAGGGGUGGUAAAUGUGCUGAGGAAUUCAAAGUACGUGAAGGCCGCGCAAGAAUUGCUCGAAGAAUUCUGCAGUGUUGGGAGAGGGCAGUUCAAGAGGAACAAGUUCACCAGGCAAAACUCAAACCCUAGUUCAAAUCCUGGCGGCGGCGGUGGCGGUUCUUCAUCUUCAUUAAAGGAUCCUCCUCCUUUGUCGUCGGCUGAUAGGAUUGAGCAUCAGAGAAGGAAGGUCAAACUCCUAUCCAUGCUUGACGAGGUGGAUCGGAGAUACAACCACUAUUGCGAACAAAUGCAAAUGGUGGUGAACUCAUUUGACAUGGUGAUGGGAUUCGGUUCGGCAGUGCCAUACACGGCAUUGGCUCAGAAGGCGAUGUCUCGCCAUUUCCGGUGCCUGAAGGAUGCGAUAACGGCGCAACUGAGGCACAGUUGCGAGCUGCUGGGAGAGAAAGACGGAGCAGGAAGCUCAGGUUUAACCAAAGGAGAGACCCCAAGGCUGAAACUUCUCGAACAAAGCCUGAGGCAGCAGAGAGCCUUCCACCAGAUUGGCAUGAUGGAACAAGAAGCCUGGCGACCACAAAGAGGCCUUCCCGAGCGAUCCGUCAACAUUCUGCGAGCCUGGCUCUUCGAGCAUUUUCUUCAUCCGUAUCCAAGCGAUGCAGAUAAGCAUCUGUUGGCUCGACAGACUGGCCUCUCGAGAAAUCAGGUAUCAAACUGGUUCAUUAAUGCCAGGGUCCGGCUGUGGAAACCUAUGAUAGAAGAAAUGUACCAACAAGAACUUAAAGAAGUAGAAGGAGAAGAGAGAGGAGAGAAGAACCAAAGCAACAGCAACAGCAACGUCGCACAAACUCCAACCACAGCAGCAACAACUUCAACAGCAACAGCGCCACCACCAUCCACAACAACAACAACAACAACGACACUCACAACAGCAGCAACAGCGGCAGGCAAAAGAUCCCAAAUCAAAGCUUCUGAUAGCGACCAUUCACUCAUUGCAAUCAAUACCCAGCCCUUCUCGGAAACCCAACCAAACCACUCAGCCUCUGCCAUCACCACCACUCCAACCGCCGCAGUUGCCGCCACUUCUGAGGUGGCGCCACCGGCAUCUCAGUGUUAUGACUCAGACCUGCCCCCGCACAGAUCAAUGGUUGCAGAUGACACGUGUCGCCAUGGCAGCCUCAUUGCAGCAGAUUACGGGACCGCUUCUGGUAAUUCUGACAUUGCUUCUACUCUCAUUAGGUUUGGGACCACCGCCGGUGAUGUUUCGCUCACCCUAGGGCUACGCCACGCCGGGAACAUCCCUGAGAAAGCGCCUCCUUUCUCUGUUAGAGACUUUGGAGGCAUUUGAACUUUCCAUAUAUUACAUAUUAAAUCAUAUUCGAUCUAUAGGAAGCUUCUUAUUAUAUUAUGAGAAAAGGGAAACCAUUUUUAAUUUCUUCUUCACUUUUAUUCUCUCCUGUUCCUCCCUCUUAGAUUUGCAUUGUUAUUGGAGAAAAGAAAAAUGGGGAUACAAUAUGAGAAACAUAGCGUUACUUUAUAGCCAGCUAGCUUGUAUAAUUGUAUAGUAGGUUGUUUUAAUUUCCAUAUUUUCCCCUCUAUAUAUGUACUCAAGGGUUGUACUUCAAUUUGAUAGGACUUGAACUGAUUAAUCACCAGAAUAACAGGAGCUUAUAUUUCUUA